GCGUUCAGGAGUUUGAAUACGGUGUUGUCCAGGAAUAAUGUCAAGAGGCAGUAUCGCCAGCAGAUGUUCUUUGAGAGGGCGACCGAUAAGAGGGUUAGAUUGAGGAGUCAGAGGCAUAGGAAGAGGUUCAGGGAGGCGGUGCAAGAGUUGAUUCUUACCGUGAAGGAUAUGAAGAAGAGAGGUUAUUAA